AGACCGGCAAGAAUUAGACGCGCUUGCACUAGGGGUGUCAACGGACGACGUUUGACGGUCAAGGUCAAGGAGAUCAGGGCGGCCCGCCAAGAUGAUGUUAAUUUGGUUGGCCGCUACGGAGACCAACAUCAUUUGGGUAUGGGAGGUUAACGGUCUGGUCAAGGUGUACUUCAAGGUACAUACAUAUUACGGGUUACGAGACUUUAGAACGGCAUAUCUUUAUAUGGGUUCUCGCAGGAUUGCCUGGGUUUAUCUUUAGUACCAGCCUCAGCCCGUCGAGCCAGUGUGGACGGCUGCGUCUGUCCUGGGCACUCGCCCUGCCUUUACAGCAAAGAUUUGGAGCGUUGAUUUUCAGACUCUAGGGAAAUCCAGCAUGGUC